AUGUCUGUCAGCAUUAGAUCGGCUAGACUUGUGCGCAACAAUGCUGCAUUACGCCCCAGUUUGAUCGCCCGGCCGCGCUUCACGGGUGCAUUGGGCGCAGUUUCAGCCGCCAAUCUCCGGAUCAAUGGCCGAGGCCUUCCAUCUCACAUACAAGCCUUAGCAAUUCUGGUCCCUCACCAUGGGUACGCUACAGAGCAAUCAACUUCUACCUCCUCAUCGAGCUUUCCUCCGCCCGGUUUCAACGCCGAGCAAGCGAAAAAGCCCAUCGUUCCAGAGCCUGCUAAAAAUGAUCAACAAGUUGUUCCCAAAUCAGAAUUACCAGUUACCCCGAAGAACAAUGCUCAGAGCAAAGAUAAGUCAAGUGAAGCAGGAGCAGUCAAGGAGGCUGCCGAGGAGAAGAAGGAGCAAAAGAAGUUGACGAUUGGGCAAAAGAUCAAGAAGGAAGCCCAGCAUUAUUGGGAUGGCACCAAGCUUUUGGCCACGGAAGUCAAAAUUAGUUCCAGACUAGCAUUGAAGAUGGCAGCGGGUUAUGAGCUGAGCAGAAGAGAACACCGACAGCUCCAACGAACGGUCAAGGAUCUUGGUCGCCUGGUUCCAUUCUCUAUGUUUGUCAUUAUUCCGUUUGCGGAGUUGUUGCUCCCUGUGGCUCUCAAGCUGUUCCCUAAUAUGCUGCCGAGCACAUACGAGGGGCAGAAAGCUCGCGAGAAGAAGGCAUUGAACCUGAGCUCUACACGGAAAGAAGUUUCUGGUUUCUUGAAAGAUACGCUCAAGGAGAGCGGUCUUCCCGUGACGGCUGCUACCGUCAAAAAUGAGGAGUUCGCAGAAUUCUUCAAGAAAAUCAGGACAACCGGAGAAGCACCUUCGACUGAGGAUGUUAUCAAAGUUUGCAAGGUUUUCAAAGAUGACCUGACUCUGGACAACUUGUCUCGGCCUCAGUUGGUCGGUAUUUGCAAGUAUAUGAACCUGAAUUCGUUUGGCACUGAUGCUAUGCUCCGUUACAACAUCCGACACCGCAUGCGGCAGAUCAAGCGCGAUGAUCGCGCUAUUUUCUACGAGGGUGUUGAAUCUCUUUCUGUGCCAGAAUUGCAGAUGGCAUGCGCUUCUCGUGGUAUUCGCACUCAUGGUGUUUCCCCUGCUCGUCUGCGCGACGAUCUCUCCACAUGGCUCGAUCUUCGUCUCAAGCAAGGCGUCCCAUCUACGCUUCUUGUUCUGAGCAACGCAUAUGUUUACGCGCAGGGUGGUAAAGAGACAGAGAUGUCAUCUCAGAUCGAAGCUCUUCAGGCGGUGCUGUCCAGCAUUCCCGAGGAGCUGUUCCAUGAAAUUGAACUCGAGGUACACAAUGCCGAGGGUGCUGCCACGAACAAGCAGCGUCUUGAGGUUAUUAAGGAGCAGCAAGAGCUCAUUGAGGAGGAGAACGAGCAGAACAGCGAGAACGAGGAGAAGGGUGUCGCCGCGCCUAAGGAUCAUGAGGAUAUUGAUGACAAGGAAGAAGUCACCAUUGAGGCCAAGUAUCAGGGCCAAUCCGGCGAGGCAGCCGAGGCUGUGGCCGAGGGCGAAAAGGUAGAAGAAGCACAGUUGAAAGACCCUUCGACCCAAGCCAAGGAUGGAAAAAAGGAGACGACCUCCGCUUAA